CUACCUCCGCUUAAAGAUCGGCAGAUCGGGAAGAUUACACAGUAUGCGCAUAUAGUGAGCGCCCACAUUUCCAAUUUUGCAUUAGCUUCAUCGAUUGGCGCGGGGUUUACCCCCGUCCUCUCGCAAAAGGUGUUUUGUGUUGGGCACAUAUUAGGACGAGCAAACGAAAUAGCACAUCAGCCAGAUGAAGACUAUUCAUAUCCUAGACUUGAAUACGAUAGUAUGUAUGCGCUUUACCAAAUGCAUAUGAGAACUGAUAAUCGAUAUGGAUAA